UUUAUGACUACAGUCUUUACGAUUGUAAUCGAAUCUCGUAAUUUUAAAAUAAAAUGGAAAUAAUGAACAGUCGAAUUUAUUUUAUUUAUAAGAUGAAUGGAAAAAUAUAGGAAUGGAAUAUGUUCAUAUAGAAAAAUGUUUUAGAAAAUCAAUAUUAUCAGCAGGAAACGUAUGAAAAGGAAAGCGAGUCAGUAAAGAUAGUUAUUGUUGUGCAAAUAUGAUAACGGAUGUGAGCGAAAUAUUGAAGGUGUUAUCAAGACAGCUGGUAACAAUUCUAUUUGUACAUAUACAUCUUUUGUUUUAUUAGUUCUAUAGUUUGUUCAAAUUUUAUCACGAGUUCACGUUUUAACAACGCCCACAUUCGUUAUUUGCAUAAAAAUAUUUACAAUAUGGAACUUAAAUGUAAAGUACAAACUUAUGACUGGGGAAAACAUGGUAUUGAUAGUACUGUUGCGACAUUGAUGAAAUCUGCUAAUGCAGAUUUUACAUUAGAUGAAAAGAAACCAUAUGCCGAAUUAUGGAUGGGCACUCAUCCCAAUGGCCCAUCAAUUAUGAAAGAUUUAAAUAUGUCUUUAGAGGAAUACAUAAAGCAAAAUAGCAAAGUAUUAGGCUGCGAUUCUAUAAAAAUAUUUGGUGAACAUUUACCAUUCCUUUUUAAAGUAUUAUCUGUGAAUAGAGCAUUAUCAAUUCAAGCACAUCCACACAAGGAGAAGGCGAAAGAAUUACAUCAGCAGUAUCCCACUAUUUACAAAGAUGCAAAUCAUAAACCUGAGAUGGCAAUAGCAUUAACACCAUUUGAGGCUCUCUGUGGUUUCCGUCCAAUUAGAGAGAUAAAAGAGUUUUUAAAAAUUCUCCCAGAACUACGUGCUGUGAUAGGAGAAGAUAAAGUACUUAAAUUUAUGACAAUAGAUGAAACUGGUAUUAGCAAAGCUUUGAAAACAUGUUUCUAUAGUCUCAUGACCUGUGAUCCUUGCUUAAUAGCACUGCAACUUAGAAAAUUACUUGAAAGAUUAUCUAAUUUGGAUGAAUUAUCAAGACAGACUUUACAUGCCAGUUUAUUAGAAAGACUGCACUUAGAUUAUCCUGCAGAUGUAGGAUGUUUUGGCAUUUAUUUUUUUAAUUUUGUAACAAUGCAGCCUGGUGAGGCUAUAUAUCUUGGACCAAAUGAACCACAUGCAUAUCUUUCUGGCGGUAGGUUUUUAAGAUACAUACUUCUCAAAUACUACAUUAUUCUUAUACCUUAUAAUAUGUUUAUAGAUUGUGUUGAAUGUAUGGCAUGUUCUGACAAUGUAGUACGUGCAGGAUUAACCUCGAAAUUAAAAGAUGUGCCAACAUUGAUUGAAAUGUUAACAUAUAAUUGUGAACCAGCCUCUGCAAAAAAAUUUCAACCUUGUCGCGAGGACGAAUGUACUGAAGUAUUUCGUCCUCCGGUAUCCGAUUUUGCUGUUGCUAAGAUUACAAUACCUCCUGGAAGAUCUUCAUAUAAUAUAAUUCCCAGAGAAACAGCAAGCAUUUUAAUUAUUAUAAAUGGAAAAGGAGAAAUUUCAUCGUCGAAAAUUCUUUAUCGUGGAUCUGUUAUCUUUAUUCCGGCGAAUGAAAAAAUCGGAAUUAAAGUUCUAUGUGGAUGUCAUCCAAUGUUGAUGUUUCAAGCAUUUGUGAAUGUUUAAGGUAACUUUGGAAUAUUGAAGUUAUUCCAAAGGAAAUUUUAGAAUAUUUGAAAACAGUGUGAUAAACGGUAAAAUUGCACGCACAAAGUAUUAUUGCACUUUUAAAUGCUUUUUAGUCUAAAACUAAAGCUGUUGAUAUUUCAAAUUGAACAGUAGUUAUAGUUCAUCUAGAGGUUGACAAAAUUGUUCAUUAUUACUCUAAAAUUAUUCGUUUUAAUAGAAUAGAAACAUUGUUUCUACAAUGAAACAUUCCAUAGUUUAUAUCAGGUACUAGAAAGUAGAGUUGAUGUAUGUAUACAAUGUUUCCAAUACUAAUGCAUGAAUGUAUAAAAUUACAGACAUGCUUGAGUUAUAUUGGAAGCAUUUACCAUUUGCAAUUCCUGCCAUAUACGUAUUAUAAUGCAUUUUGACCUUACAGUCACGUUGUAGAUGUUAAAUAGUAUUUGUUUAUGUUAAGAAAAUCAAUUUUUUCUUUCUAGAUUAAUCUUUUAUUUCAGAAAGGUAUACCAAUUUAUACAGUAAUGUACUUAAACACUUUUUGUGUUAAACAUAUAUUUUUUUACUCAUAUUAUUUAUGAUGAUACAGAAAAGAUAUAAUUUUACUGAUCAUUCCAGUGCAAUAACAGAAUGUAAUGUGCAAUCAACUCUAGUCAAAUUAUGUUAACUAUUACUUCUUUUAACUGUGGUAUAUGUGCAUAAAGACUACGAGUAAUAUUUUAUUAAAUUUUGGUUCUUCAAUUUAUGGUGCCAUUUAGUAUAAAAUACAUAAACGUAAGCCAUAUAAAUAGCAUUUAAAAUUCAUUCCAUAAUGUUUUUGUUUAUGGAAA